GGAUUCCGUGUUCCAUGCGGCCUUCGGAGUAAUCUUAACAUACGUAGUACUGAUAAGACGACACACAAGCCGUGAUAUUUCCUCUCAGUCAGAAAAAAGAGAAACAUGAUGAAAGUUGCCGUCCUCCUCCUGCUGGCUGCCGUGGUUAUCCAGGGCGAGAAACCACCACAAGGAUCAGACCUGUGUACACAUGUGCUCGCACAAGACUGUUCCACCUUUGAAACGGAAGUAGUAUGUGGCUCUAACGGGAUAACUUACCACAACAGUUGUGAGUUUGCUAAAGCCGAGUGUCAUGGACAUGGUCAUUCCGUGACGGCCGUGCAUUCUGGACCAUGUGCUUAGCCUCCAGAAUAGGAGCUGUACACAAUCCACAUUAAACACAAAGAAAACAUA